CGGUACCUAAUGCACAGGUCAUAAAGACAGUCCCAGAUAGGUGCUGAUGUCACAGUGCCCCAGUUACCAGGGGAACUCCUGUCUCUGUGAAGCCAUCAGGACGGCCAUUAUCACAUAGUGCCAUGUCCCCCGGGGUGAUUCACCUUGUGGGCAGAGGCAUUCAUAAGCCUUGGCCAUGCUGGGCCCAGCAACAAGGGUGGGUCUGAGAGCUCACACCCACCGCGCAAGCGAUGGCUGGGCGGGCAGACAUGAGCGACAGGCGCAUCGUCCGAAAAUUCAGAAGGAGAAAGCUCCAGCGCUUCUCCCACAUCUCUAGCAUUGAGGAACCGCUUGGACCCAAGAAGAAGCGGCGCAGCUCAUCCACUGAAACCACAGAAGACAAGAAGGGCAGAGGAGAUUCCAUCUCUAUCCAGGUCUUCCCUCCAGAACUGCUGUACUACAUUAUCUCCUUCCUGCCUGUCAAGGAUGUGGUGGCUCUGGGCCAGACCUGCCGGUACUUCUAUGAGGUGUGCGACAGUGAGGGGGUCUGGCAGAGGAUCUGCCGCCGCCUUUCUCCUCGCCUGCGGGACGAGAACUCUGGUGGCAGCCGGCCGUGGAAGAGAUCGGCCAUCCUCAACUACACCAAGGGCUUGUACUUCCAGAUGUUCAGCGGCCGCCGGCACUUUGUCAGCAAGACGGUUGCCCCGCUGCUCUCGCACGGCUACCGGAAGUUCUUGCCCACCAAGGACCACGUCUUCAUCCUGGACUACAACGGCACCCUCUUCUUCCUCAAGAACGCCCUGGUCUCCUCUACCAUGGGCCACAUCCAGUGGCGCCGCGCCUGCCGCUACAUGGUGCUCUGCCGCAGUGCCAAGGACUUUGCCACGGACCCCCGGAGCGACACUGUGUACCGCAAGUACCUGUACGUGCUGGCCACCCGUGAACAGCCGCUUACGGCAGCCGUGGGGCGCAGCGAGGGCUCCAGCCCGGCCGGCAGCGGGCGCCUCUGCGACUGCGUGGAGGUCUACCUGCAAUCCAGCGGGCAGCGGGUGUUCAAGAUGACCUUCCACUUCUCCAUGAAGUUCAAGCAGAUAGUGCUGGUGGGGCAGGAGACGGAGAGGUCCCUCUUGCUCCUGACAGAGGAAGGGAAGAUCUACAGUUUGGUGGUGAACGAGACCCAGCUGGACCAGCCGCGCUCCUACACUGUGCAGCUGGCUCUGCGCAAAGUCUCCAAGUGCCUCCCUCACAUCUCCGUCCGCAACAUGCACUCCAACCAGAGCAGCGCCGUCUACCUCACAGACGAGGGCACCGUCUACUUUGAGGUCCACUCGCCCGGUGUUUACCGCGAUCUCUUUGGCACCCUCCAUGCGUUCGACCCGCUGGAUCAGCAGAUGCCCCUGGCCCUCUCCCUCCCGGCUAAGGUCCUCAGCUGUGCCCUUGGCUACAACCACCUGGGGCUAGUGGACGAGUUUGGGCGGAUCUUCAUGCAAGGAAAUAACCGUUAUGGCCAGCUAGGCACAGGCGACAAGAUAGACCGCGGGGAGCCUGCCCAGGUGCACUACCUCAAGUGCCCCAUCGACCUCUGCUGCGGCCUCAACCACACGCUGGUGCUGAGCCAGAGCGGGGACUUCAGCAAGGACCUGAUGGGCUGUGGCUGCGGAGCUGGAGGGCGCCUGCCCGGGUGGCCCAAAGGCAGCGCCUCGUUCGUCCGGCUGCACACCAAGGUGCCGCCCUGCGCCCGCCGCAUCUGCUCCACCCGCGAGUGCCUCUACAUGCUGUCCAGCCACGACAUUGAGGAGGUCCCCGCCUACCGCGAGCUGCCGGCCAGCAAGGCAGGGGUGGCGUCGAGCGACACGGAGGCCAUGGCUGCCCGGGCGUGCGAGGAGUACCUGAGCCAGCUGCACAAGUGCCCGACGCUGGAGGGGCGCAUGGCCAAGAUGAAGGAAGCCGUCGGCAGCAUGCCCCUUAUGACCUUCCAGAAGGACUUCUUCUGGGAGGCUCUGGACAUGAUCCAGCGGGCGGCGGAAAUCCAGGAAGCCCCUGCGCCCAGCUAGCUGUCGCCGGUCGCGGCUCCCUCUCACCCCACCCCUCCUGUCACCCCACCCCACCCGUUAUACGCAUCAUGGAUCAUGAUUAACCGAUAGAGAAGACUUCAGACUGAACAAUUGGGCGUAAAUAAAGCACAAGGCCUAA